CUACGUUUAGUCUAUAUUAUCUAAGUUCUCCCUCGUGAUUGAUUGUCCACGUAUUCCCACCCCAUCUUUUACUUCCUCCAAAGAUCUUUUCCACACCCUACGUAGACUAUAGUAGUCGAAAAGUAGGGCCUCACUAGCCAAGGCAGACACCUACGGUACAUGAAGGGAAACCCCCGUAGAGUGUAGACAUGGGAGGUACCUGUUCAUAGUACCGAUCGGAUAUACGGCCUGAGGUGGGCCAUUGAGGUUUUUGAAUCGUUUUGGGGGCCCCUCCCAACAUGAGGGAAAUAAAAAGGAAAUAUAUCUCAAUGAGGAAAUUUCCCCAAAGCACGCAAAGCACAAAAAGGAAGUUGGCACCUCCGAGGUCCGAGUCAAGCAGUCUCCGAUGCCGAUUCAGGCAAUCAGCACGUCCGCCUGGGCUGGUUACUUCCGUUAUCCGUUCAACCUGUUCCUCCGUAUCAGUAUGGAAAGCGCUACCUCAGUUCACUCAGAGGUACCAACUUAUAAUAAAAGAUUUUUCCGCUGUUUCCCCAAGGAAGUGGACAAGUGUGACGAUAAACCAGCCAGCCAGGCAACAAGCAAAGCAAGCAGUUGUGGCCGGCCAAUGAUCGGCCAGCGCCGCCAGACCCGAUCCAUUCUGGUUCCUUUGGACUGCGUCAAUAAUCCCAAG